GACAUGGGCUGCUCUUGCUCCCCCCCGUUCACCGCCAGUUUCGCCGUUGCCAGACGUAGUCACACGUCCAGGAUUACUUGACAGCGUAUUCGAGGUACCACUUUCAGAUCUGGCUGCUAGCCCGCAGGCCGCAAGACGUACUACCCAUUCAGAUGUCAGCUGGAGAUCCAUGAGCUCUGCGCGUACGUCAGCAAGCACUUCUGCGUCACCCUCUGUGCUCGGAGACUCCAUUUCUCGCUUCUAUGCUGCUGACGAGGAACGACACCGGGGGUACUUCGAAUACAAUCCAGGACUAUAACCCAUCACCUUCUCGCUCUACUGACAGAUACCAAGAAGUUGCUGCGCGUGCUAGAACAGUCAUCGAACGUUCGCGUAACUUAGUUCGCCCUCUCUCGGACGCUUUUCCUUCGUUUUCCAGAGAACAGGCAGUCGAAGAUUCCGACGAAGCAGAAUUGUCAUUUGAUCGUUACUUAGUGGGUCUCGGCGAAGAGGAUUCCAUCCACCAAGAGAGAAGGCGCAGGGUGACGGCUGAUAAUCGUUACGAUGUUGCCGGCGAAAACGAUGAAGACGAUGACGACCCCUCCCAUCCAGACAGUGUGCAUGAGCUCAUCCAAGGUCUUCAUAAUGCCCGCGGUCUACUCGAGCGUGGUGUAGAAACUGCCCGUUCAUUGUCUGGGUCGCCUUCCCGAUAUGAGCCACCCAAUCCUCCUCCGGCUCGCUACCGCUUUCAUUCUCGCUUGCAUGCUUCCUGCUACGACAGUGUCCAGCAACUCGUUGGUGUCAGGAGAGUGCCGCGGAACAUCGCCGUACCAACGCCAGGGCGCAUCUUCGCUCCCAAUUGUCUGAUUCACGUCCCAACUCUGACGGGCCUCCUCGAGACAGUUCAAACACUUCAAGUUUGACUGCUGCUACUCGUCUGAGGCGUCUUAUGGCCAGUCGGGCGGACUCCUCAUCGAAUACAUCUUCCCGCCCUUUGUCGUUUGGUCGAACAAGCGAUCUUCCUUCAAGACCGUUCUCAUUAAGCGGUUCUGGGUCAGCUUCUCAGUUUCCACGAGGGGGCUUGAACGAAUGGGAGAGAGUCCGAUUUUCAGAGAUUUUAUCCGAACACAGACAUCCCCAGACAAGAAGUGGGAAUAAUAGAUCUUUGUCAGGAGACCGCAAUCACCUCUCUUCUGAAAGCUCACCCGACAGCAUCUUUGACCCCAUGUUCGCCACGAUCAACACUAUUCCG